CUCUAGUUGCAACUGCACCAUUUUUAUUCUAUUGCAUUAACUAGAAAAGAAAUAUAAUUUAGUAUUAUUUUAAAAAUUUUAUUCAAGUGAAAGUAUUAAGAAUUUAAUUACAAAAUAAAAACAGUGAUAUGUUGCAACUAAUAAAUCUUCCAGAUAUUGUUUUAGAGACAAUUUUGUCUAACCUUACAUACGAUGAAAUUUCUCGAUAUAGAAUUGUUUGUAAACAAUUUGAUCGAAUAUGUAAAAAAUUAUUAAACCGAGGUUUUAAUUUAAUGGAAAAAUAUCACGCACAAUGUUUGCGUGCAGUAAAAAGUCAAUUACCACGAAGGGAAUCGGAAAGAAGAAGUCAUCCUUUAGCACGUCAUUGUGAUAUAUUAACAGCAAUUGAAACAAGAAUAUCUAUGUUAUCUAUGACUUUUAUAAAAUAUGUGGAUCUUAAUUUAUGCUGUUUUAUUCCUGGAAAGGUAAUUGAUGAAAUUUUUCGAGUCCUUCGUUUGAUUCGAGAUUCUAAAACUCCACCUAGAGCUCAUGAAAUACUUCAAGAAUUAAGAGAUAUUAGUAGCAUGGCUAUGGAACAUUUUGAUGAAAAAAUUUUACCAGAUUUGAGACAUAGUAUUUGUACUUCAGUUGUUAGUAAUGUAGGUCCUUAUGAAUUGCCAAGUGGAAGUUUAAUGAUUUCUCAUCAUACUACAAAUUCAAAUAAUGCAACACUGCCACAUAAUUUUAGUUCAGAAAAAUUGAAUCAAACUUUUAAAAAAAUUUAUUGUCGUACUAAAAUGAAUAAAUUAUCUGUUCUAUCUAUGAAAGGUCAAAUUAGUAGAAUGAAACUUCGAAUAAAAAGACAAAGUUUUCAAAUGAGAUUGCAAACUUUAAAAUUGCAAGAACAAGCAAAAAAAAUACAUGAUCAAGAUACACAAUUAGCAGAAAUGAGAAAACAUCUUGAAGAAUGGGAACAAAAAAUGGUUGAUUUAACAGCUGAACUAAGUCGUGCUAGAGAAGAAACUCAAAAACCUGAUUCUAUAGAAACUUGUAAAAGAAAACAUAUAGAUAUGAUUAAUCAAAGAGAAACUGAUUCAUUACAAACAAAAGAACUACAAGCAAAAAAACGUAAAUUAAUAGUAGAAAGAAUAUCAUCCAAUGAUGCAAAAGAUGUCAAAUUUAAAAAAUUUAUGACUGAUCUUCUUGCAGGUAAUACUAUAGAAGCAUAUCCCUCAACUUCACAUUAACUUACUAUAUGUACAUAUUGGAGUUGUAUAUCAAAGCAAAAUUAUUCUAUGUGUAUUUUGCAUUUUUUGUGUUACAACUGAAUAAAUUUAAAUGUUUAAGCUUUUUAUAUAUUAAAAUCAAAUUUUAUAUG